ACUAUAUAUUGGCCCGGCAGAUAUCCAUUUCCUAUAUGAACUACCUGUUGAACUAUAUAACAUCGACUCCCGUCUCUCGCUGAUCCUCUGCACCUUUGUCUCUCAGUUCUCUCGGCCUUUGCAAGAAAUCGGGAACAAAAUGCACAUUUCUCUUCUGGGGGCUGCGACCUCUCUGCUAUGCGUGAGCGCUAGUGCAUUCACUCCGGCCUCAACUUCUGGAACAGACAAGCUUAACGACCAUGGCAUGACAAAAUUGAAGACUUAUCUGCACAAGAACCGUGGUCAGAACUCUUGCAGCUUGGACAACGCCGUCAAACGUCAAGAAUGGAGCUCGCUAUCCAGAUCAAACAAGAAGAAGUACACGGAUGCAGUUCUGUGUCUUCAAUCGAAGCCUGCAAGAAGUGGAAGCAUCGCUCCCGGUGCAAAGUCUCGCUACGAUGAUUUCCUUGCGACUCACAUCAAUCAAACAUUGACCAUCCAUGGUACUGGAAACUUCCUCAGCUGGCACCGUUACUACGUCUACACCUUCGAAGAGGCUCUUCGUAACGAAUGUGGUUACAAGGGAUAUAUCCCUUACGCAAACUGGGGCAAAUACGCCGAAGACUUGCUCAACUCUCCAAUCUUCGAUGGCAGUGAUUACUCUAUCUCUGGAAAUGGCGAGUACAGAAACCACACUGGUGCUUCUAUCCCGAGUGUUGCCACUCCUUUCAUUCAGUUGCCUGCAGGCUCUGGAGGUGGCUGCGUUACCUCGGGACCAUUCAGGAACAUGACCGUCAAUCUCGGCCCUCUCGCACCUGUUUUUGACGACAUAACCCCGAACCCUCGUCCUGAUGGCCUCGGCUACAAUCCUCGCUGCCUCCGCCGUGAUAUUGGUGUAUAUGCUGCCAGCAUCGCCUCGACAGAUGCCAACAGCACCGAUCUAAUCAGAGAAAAUAACUAUAUCGGUGACUUCCAGACAACCAUGCAAGGCGACUUUCCAGCAGGCCUUCUCGGAGUACACACAGCAGGUCACUUCUUUGCUGGAGGCGAUCCUGGAGCCGAUAUCUUCUCUUCUCCUGGUGACCCAUGGUUCUGGCUCCAUCACGCACAAAUCGACCGCACCUGGUGGAUUUGGCAGAACCAGGAUCCUGCUAGCAGAAGCAGUGUCAAUGGCAACAACUCACUGGCUGGCACCAUCACGUUAAACAACAGCCCGCCGUCUAGAAACACUAGAUUGGACGAUGUCAUUGAUUUGGGUGUCAAUGCUGAGAGUAUCUUGAUCAGGGAUGCGCUUAGCACGACCGCCGGACCAUUCUGUUAUGUUUAUGUUUGA